AUUAUGUGCACGGUAUUCCGCCGGAAGUAGUACUAAAACUCAUGGACUGUUUACGAUGUUGGACCUCAGGUUUAAGACCCCUUAUCCUGACAGCUGAAGUUAACAGCUAUCUCAAGCGCUCCUUGCUUAAGUCUCGGCAAUUAUCUAGCCCCCAGGAAGAUGGAUCUGCCCAGUAUGAGAAACUCCUCGACAGACUUGGGAUGCCUCCACUGUUCACAACCCUGAGGACCAACCCGCUGGCAGGGAAGGAUCAGGAAGAUUUAUUGAGAACUGUGAAGGAAGAAAUAGCUAGAAAUUACAAAGGAAAGGGAUGGAAGGAGCCUCGGGUUUACUAUCACACUGUACUGAAGAACCUCAUUGUUGUGGAUGGACGGGGACCAAACCUAGACCUGAAACAGCAUGAUAAGAAAGUUGUAGUGGAUUUGGCAUGUGGAAUGGCAGUGUUACGCGGUGCUGAUGUUUUUGCCCAGGGCAUUAUGGGAUGUUCGUUAGGAAUGUUCGUGGAGGACUCUGUAUCAGUGUUUUGUGAUGUUGACUCCACCUGUCUAAAGGGGGCAACAAAACUUCAGGAAGAGUCCAUGAUAUUUGUAGGAAAUGGCAAAGCCCGUGUCAGCAGGGAAAAAUUGUUCUGCUCCAAUGAAAAAGUUUGUGGUGUUGGAGUUAGUAUGAUACAGCCUUUAUUUGAAGCCCCUUGUUUGGCAAAUCUAUGCAACAUUCUGAUCUCACAAAACCUUCCUUCAGUUGUUGUCAGUGAGGCUCUCAACCCCCAGAAAGGAGAAACUAUCCUGGAUAUGUGUGCUUCACCAGGUGGGAAGACAGUUCAUAUAGCUACACUAAUGGCUGGAGAGGGUCGCUUGGUUGGUUUGGAUAAAACACCAGCUAAAAUUGAUAAAAUAAAACAAAAUGCGAAGAACUGGAAUAUAAAUUUCAUCGAGACUUAUCCAUUCGAUGCAAGACAUUCAUGCAAAGAUUCAGCAGAUAUUAGUGGUGGCCCUCCCUAUCCACCAGAUACAUUUGAUCGUAUCCUGCUUGAUGGGCCAUGCAGUGCACUUGGCCAGAGACCUUCUAGCAAAAAUAAGAUGUCACUUAACUCCUUAAAAUCCUAUCCCAUCUUGCAGAAACAACUUUUCCAUCAGGCAGUGAAGCUUCUUAAACCAGGUGGAACACUGGUGUACAGUACUUGUACCAUCACAUUGGAGGAGAAUGAAGAAAUAGUGGUUUGGGCUCUACAAACAUUUCCUUGCUUAUCUUUAGUCAAAAUGGAACCCCAUCUAGGAAACAAAGGACGGUUGUGUGAAGGACUGAGUGGCCCUGACAGGGAUAAGUUACAGUUGUUUCUUCCCGGAUGUUGUGAUGAGAUCUCACCAGACACUGACACUAUUGGAUUCUUUAUUGCCAAAUUCGUGAAGUCGCCCAGCUAGCAGUAACAUUUCAAGUUUCUAUAACAAUGAAACGUCUCUGAAUAGUUAACAUUACUGACUCAUUGUACUUUAUUAAGUUUACAGUUUUCCAUCAAAGAUGAUAGUUAUCUAUACCUAUAUAUUUACAUUCGCUCUGCAUUAUCACCAAACAAAGAAGAAAGCUAUCAGAUCAUAAUCCUCAGUGGUAAGGUUCAUCAAACCACAGAGAAAUCUGUAAGUUUCUGUACACCUUGAAACCAGUGACUUCAAGUAAAGUCUGGAAAGAAACAGGAGAAGACCUGUGAUGCUGGAGAGACAGAUGACAACCAGGAACAGACUCGUAUUUCCCAUGUUUGGGCUAGCCUGAUACUCCAUGGAAAAGUAUUCUACUGUCGGUCAUAUAUUUAACACAUUCAGCGUAUUCUACUGUUGGUCAUAUAUUUUACACAUUCAUAAUAAACUCCCAUCUAUGUGAAAGUUCCAUCCACUUUCCAUCACAUUUCUUACUAUCACUCUCGUAGCAGGAGCUUUUGAACAAUUGGCUUAGCUCACAUAACAAUGUUAUUUAAAUUAGGACAUGUGCCAAUUUUUCGCAGUUCAAUGAUUCUAGAAUAAAUCUUGUCUGGAAUAUAUUUGUACAGUUAACACUUUGUUACGGAUGUAGUCAGCGCUCAUUGACAUUGUACGCAUGCACUUAUAUUUUUAUUCACACAUUUUUAGUAGUUAUGCCAGAGACAUAUAUGUCUCUGGUUAUGCAUCUUCUAGGUCUUCAUGCAAAAUCUUUCAAUUUGGAUUUUUUUAUCUUGGUUAUCGUUUAAGAUGUUUUUGUGAUGUAGUGGGAAUCCGAUUGGAUUACAGAAACGGUAAUAUAUGGUAUUUAAUCAUCCAUGCAACAUUUCCAGUUACAUUAAAUUCAGAAUAUGUCUAGAUACUUUUAAAAAAUAUUGAUUAAUUGUUUAAAUGAAUGACUGAGUCGUUGAUACAGUAAUAUCAACAGACUUGAUUUAAAGAGGAUAAUACAUGUUUAGCAAAAUCUCAUUUACAACAUGGUCCUGAAUGGUAAAUAAACAUGUAAUUUGUCAACAAAUACAUAGCAUAAGGCAUAUGUAAAACAUUUUUGAAACAUAUCCCAGUCAUCAUUAAUUAAAGUUAUCACAGCGCCA